UUCAAUAUACUCAGUCGGUCAGGAGCAGUGAAAGAGAGCGCACAAGUCACUUGAAUAUCAACGAAACCAUUAGGAUAGGAAAGGAAAGGAAGAUCUCGCGCUUGCGCUUUUACCUGCUAAAGGAAGGUGCGCCAAGAGUACAUACACAACGACGUUUAUUUCAGCACAGAAGCCAAUAUCUGUGUGGUGCGCUUUUGUAGCCGAAAAACGCGCAGUCGCGCGUCAAUCCUACUGGGUGGGAGGCGAUCAGCUGUGAAGGGGACGAUAUACACGAGGACAUCGAGAUGUUCGUCCUGCAAAAGUCUAUAUUAUCGACCUGCGGCAGAAAUUGUGGAGGAUCAUGGGCGCGGGCAUUACCACCUACACAUCCUGCAGCAAAGGACAUCAAACAGAGAGAUAUUCACGAAGUUUCUGGAGAUGUUGUUCCUAUAAACAUGGUCAAGGGUAUUGGACAUCUCAGAGAUCCUCGUCUAAAUAAGGGCUUGGCUUUUACACUGAAGGAGAGAAUAUCCUUGGGAAUUCAUGGUCUCCAACCGCCACGAUUUAAGACUCAAGAGGAACAAUUGGCAUUAUGCAAGGCCUCGGUUAUGAAAUAUACCGAAGAUUUGAAUCGUUAUCUUUACCUUGUCGAAUUGCAGGAAAGAAACGAAAGAUUGUUCUUUCGUUUGUUAAGUGAAAACAUCGAACAAAUGAUGCCAAUCGUUUAUACUCCAACCGUUGGAUUAGCCUGUCAGAAAUUUGGUGUGAUUUAUCGUCGACCACGUGGAUUAUUCAUAACAAUAUACGACAAAGGUCAUAUUUAUGAAAUUCUAAAUAAUUGGCCGGAACAAGCGGUACGUGCAAUUUGCGUUACCGAUGGUGAGAGAAUCUUAGGUCUGGGUGAUCUUGGAGCAUGCGGAAUGGGUAUUCCAGUUGGAAAAUUGGCACUUUAUACUGCUUUAGCUGGUAUUAAGCCACAUCAAUGCUUGCCAAUUACUAUAGACGUUGGUACUAAUAAUGAACAACUUCGUGAUGAUCCUCAUUACAUUGGUUUGAAUAAACCGAGAAGUCGAGGCGCUGAAUAUGACGAAUUGAUCGACGAAUUUAUGGCCGCAUGCGUUCAAAAAUAUGGACAGAACGUUCUUAUUCAAUUCGAGGAUUUUGGAAAUCAUAACGCUUUUCGUUUUCUCGACAAGUAUCGUGACAAGUAUUGCACUUUCAAUGACGACAUUCAAGGAACAGCUGCGGUAGCAGUUGCAGGUAUACUUGCAUCGAAAAGAAUAACGAAAAAGAAAAUGUCCGAGAAUAAAUUCGUCUUUCUUGGUGCCGGUGAGGCAGCAAUAGGUAUAGCUGAUCUUUGUGUAAAAGCCAUGGAAGCUGAUGGUUGUACAGAGAAUGAAGCUAGAAAUAAUAUCUGGAUGAUGGAUAUAGAUGGGUUAUUGGUAAAAAAUAGACCGGAGGGUAAUCUCGAGGGUCAUAAAAUUUGGUAUGCCAAGGAUUACAAAGUAACGAAAUCUUUGAUCGAGAUUGUGCAAGAAAUAAAGCCAACUGUAUUGAUUGGAGCCUCGGCAGCGGCUGGAGCAUUUACUCCUGAAGUUUUAAAAGAAAUGGCGAAGAACAAUGAAAGGCCAUUGAUCUUUGCCUUGAGCAAUCCAACCAGUAAAGCCGAGUGUACAGCUCAACAGGCUUACGAUUAUACCGAUGGUAGAUGUAUAUUCUCUUCUGGUUCACCGUUUGGCGAAGUUAAACACAAUGGAAAGAUUUACAAACCUGGCCAAGGUAACAACGCUUACAUCUUCCCUGGAAUUGCAUUGGGUGUAAUAGCAACCGGUGUACAUCAUAUCACCGAGGAUUUAUUCCUUAUCUCUGCCCAAACUAUUGCCGAUCAUGUAACUGAUGAAGAUCUUGCAAUGGGUAGCUUAUAUCCACCGUUAAGUACUAUCCGAGAAUGUUCAAUCGAUAUUGCCGUUAAAAUAGCUAAUUAUGCUUAUGCAAAGAGUGGCUUGGCCAGUGAAUAUCCCGAGCCAAAGGAUAAACGACAGUUCAUCGUCAGUAAAAUGUAUGAUGCCAAUUAUGAUAGUCCAUUGCCAAAUCUAUACGAUUGGCCGGUUGAUUAUGCCAGUCCUCGUGUUCUACCAGACAAAGUCACUGUAGAAAUCCGCCACGAUUUAAAACAUCUGUAG